GGGACUAGGAGGAGGAGGAGGAGGUGUCUGCGCGCGCGGGUGCGAACGGGAAAGGCCGCGAGGGCCAGGUCGGGCGGUGGAGACGACGGACGGUGACCAUGGCCGCGACCGCGGGCGGAGGUUCGGGAGCGGCAGCAGGCGCCGUGGGUGCAGGGGGUGCGGCGGCGGCCUCCGGCCUGGCCGUGUACCGGAGGAAGGACGGGGGCCCGGCCAGCAAGUUUUGGGAGAGCCCGGACACGGUGUCCCAGCUGGAUUCGGUGCGAGUCUGGCUGGGCAAGCACUACAAGAAGUAUGUUCAUGCAGAUGCUCCUACCAAUAAAACGCUGGCUGGACUGGUGGUGCAGCUUCUUCAGUUCCAAGAAGAUGCCUUUGGGAAGCAUGUCACCAACCCAGCUUUCACCAAACUGCCUGCAAAAUGUUUUAUGGAUUUCAAAGCUGGAGGCACCUUGUGUCACAUUCUUGGGGCUGCUUACAAGUACAAAAAUGAACAGGGGUGGCGGAGAUUUGAUCUUCAGAAUCCAUCUCGAAUGGAUCGUAAUGUUGAAAUGUUCAUGAACAUUGAAAAAACAUUGGUACAGAGUAAUUGUCUGACUAGACCCAACAUCUACCUCAUUCCAGACAUUGAUUUGAAGUUGGCGAAUAAGUUGAAAGAUAUCAUCAAACGGCAUCAGGGGACAUUUACUGAUGAGAAGUCAAAAGCUUCCCACCAUAUUUAUCCAUAUCCUUCCUCACAAGAGGAUGAGGAGUGGCUGAGGCCAGUGAUGAGGAGAGACAAGCAGGUGCUAGUGCACUGGGGUUUCUACCCGGACAGCUAUGACACUUGGGUCCAUAGUAAUGAUGUUGAUGCUGAAAUUGAAGAUCCACCAAUUCCAGAAAAGCCAUGGAAGGUUCAUGUAAAAUGGAUAUUGGACACUGAUGUUUUCAAUGAAUGGAUGAAUGAAGAGGAUUAUGAAGUGGAUGAGAACAGGAAGCCAGUGAGCUUUCGUCAGCGAAUUCCAACAAAGAACGAAGAGCCAGUCAGAAGUCCAGAGAGGAGAGAUAGAAAAGCAUCAGCUAAUGCUCGCAAGAGGAAGCAUUCCCCUUCUCCUCCACCUCCCACACCUGUAGAAUCCCGGAAGAAGAGUGGAAAGAAAGGACAAGCUAGCCUUUAUGGGAAGCGUAGAAGUCAGAAAGAAGAAGAUGAGCAAGAAGAUCUUACCAAGGACAUGGAAGACCCAACACCUGUACCAAAUAUAGAGGAAGUGGUCCUCCCUAAGAACGUAAAUCCAAAGAAAGAUAGUGAAAACACACCUGUUAAAGGAGGCACAGUGGCAGAUCUAGAUGAGCAAGAUGAAGAAGCAGUUACAACAGGAGGAAAGGAUGAUGAAGAUCCUAGCAAAGGUGAUCCGAGUCGGUCAGUUGACCCAGGUGAAGAUAAUGUCACAGAACAGACCAAUCACAUCAUCAUCCCUAGCUAUGCAUCCUGGUUUGAUUAUAAUUGUAUUCAUGUGAUUGAACGGCGUGCUCUUCCUGAGUUUUUUAAUGGAAAAAACAAAUCCAAGACUCCAGAAAUAUACCUGGCAUAUCGGAAUUUUAUGAUUGACACAUACCGUCUAAACCCCCAAGAAUAUUUAACCAGCACUGCUUGUCGGAGAAACCUGACUGGAGAUGUGUGUGCUGUGAUGAGGGUUCAUGCCUUCUUAGAACAGUGGGGUCUUGUUAACUACCAAGUUGAUCCAGAGAGUCGACCCAUGGCAAUGGGACCUCCUCCUACUCCUCACUUCAAUGUGCUAGCUGAUACACCCUCAGGGCUUGUGCCUCUACAUCUUCGAUCACCACAGGUCCCUGCUGCUCAACAGAUGUUAAAUUUUCCUGAGAAGAACAAGGAAAAGCCAAUUGAUUUGCAGAACUUUGGUCUUCGAACUGACAUUUACUCCAAGAAAACACUGGCUAAGAGUAAAGGUGCUAGUGCCGGAAGGGAGUGGACAGAGCAGGAGACCCUUCUUCUCCUGGAGGCCCUGGAGAUGUACAAGGAUGAUUGGAAUAAAGUCUCAGAACAUGUUGGAAGUCGUACUCAAGAUGAAUGCAUCCUCCACUUUUUGAGACUUCCCAUUGAGGACCCAUACCUCGAAAAUUCAGAUGCUUCCCUUGGGCCGCUAGCUUACCAGCCUGUCCCUUUCAGCCAGUCAGGAAACCCUGUGAUGAGUACUGUUGCCUUUUUAGCGUCUGUGGUUGAUCCUCGUGUAGCAUCUGCUGCAGCAAAAGCAGCUCUGGAGGAGUUUUCUCGGGUCCGUGAAGAAGUACCCCUAGAAUUGGUUGAAGCACAUGUCAAGAAAGUUCAAGAAGCUGCAAGAGCCUCUGGGAAAGUGGAUCCCACCUAUGGCUUGGAGAGCAGCUGUAUUGCAGGCACUGGCCCUGAUGAGCCAGAGAAGCUCGAAGGAACUGAAGAAGAAAAGAUGGAAACAGAUCCUGAUGGUCAGCAGCCUGAAAAGGCAGAAAACAAAGUGGAAAAUGAAUCGGAUGAAGGUGAUAAAACCCAAGAUGGAGAAAAUGAAAAAAACAGUGAGAAGGAACAAGAUAGUGAAGUUAGUGAGGAUGUCAAGCCAGAAGAAAAGGAAAACGAAGAGAACAAAGAACUCACUGAUACGUGUAAAGAAAGAGAAAGCGAUACCGGGAAGAAGAAAGUGGAACACGAGAUUUCUGAAGGAAAUGUUGCCACAGCCGCAGCAGCUGCUCUGGCCUCAGCUGCUACCAAAGCCAAGCACCUGGCUGCUGUGGAGGAGAGAAAGAUCAAGUCCCUGGUAGCUCUUCUGGUUGAGACACAGAUGAAGAAAUUAGAGAUCAAGUUGCGACAUUUCGAAGAGCUGGAGACUAUUAUGGACAGAGAGAAAGAAGCUCUAGAACAACAGAGACAGCAGUUGCUCACUGAGCGCCAGAACUUCCACAUGGAACAGUUGAAAUAUGCUGAGUUACGUGCUCGGCAACAAAUGGAGCAGCAGCAACAUGGCCAGAACCCUCAGCAAGCACACCAGCACUCAGGAGGCCCUGGUCUGGCUCCUCUUGGAGCAGCAGGGCAUCCUGGCAUGAUGCCUCAUCAGCAGCCACCUCCCUACCCUUUGAUGCACCAUCAGAUGCCGCCACCCCAUCCUCCCCAGCCAGGUCAGAUACCAGGUCCUGGCUCCAUGAUACCUGGGCAGCCCAUGCCAGGCCGCAUGAUCCCUGCAGUGGCAGCCAACAUCCACCCUACUGGGAGUGCCCCUGCCCCUCCUGGCAUGCCUCCAAUGCCCGGAAACAUCUUAGGACCCCGGGUACCCCUCACAGCACCAAACGGCAUGUAUCCUCCUCCACCACAGCAGCAGCCGCCGCCUCCACCUGCAGAUGGGGUCCCUCCACCUCCUGCUCCAGGCCCACCAGCCUCGGCCACUCCCUAGCCUGGAAGAUACAGGGAGCCUCCACACCCACCACAAGCCGAAUGGGGAUGGCAAGACUUGUGUUUCGGCUUCCUUGGUUUUCUUUCAGAAUUUUUUUUUUUUUUUUUUUUUUUUUUUUCCUCAUAGCCCCAAGCACAAGUUCCAUGUCUCUCUGCUCCCUGAUAUCUCGUGUCAGGUCCUUAGCUGAUACUCGAUGGGAAGCCUGUGUGGUGACUAGUGUGCCCCGGUCAUUUGAAAAGUAACCUGUGUCUCCCCUGUCCCAGUGUGGCAGGUGUUGGCAGUUGGUCUGCAGGUCCUGUUGACAUUAGUAUUCUCUCUCUCUCUCUCUGUCUUUGCUUUGUCUUAUGCUUCAGUGGAUAAUCCUCUAUAAUUAUUAUCCUUUUUCCCCUAUUAUGGUUGUUUUCAAGGAAAGCAUCCUAAGUUAAUAGAAACCAAAAAAAUGGUGAUGGACAGAAGGAGAUAGCCGCAGGACACACCUUAAGGAUUAUAAGUGACCUUAUUUCUGCUUAUCUAACCUAAGUGGGGUGCUUCUGGUAAAGUUCCCGGGACUUGCCACAUACAAAUGCACCAAAAUGAGAAGAGCUGGGGAAGGAAGAGGUGCCCUGUUUUAUUUCCUGUCGAGGACCGUGUUCAGGGCUCCGCUCUGCCUGGAGGAACACACCACUGUACCUCGUAUGUGGUGGCAGAGAGCACAAACGUUAGGAUAAGCCAGCUCCUUUCCCCCCUCCAUUCUGACUUUCUGUGCAGAAGUUUUGCAGUGUUGGAACUAGGUGAGUUGUUUUCCUAAGGGCAGUGUGAACUUUAAAGGUUGGAAUAUGGGGGGUUCCCUGGGUUUUUACAGACUAACCAAGAAAGUUAAAGGGCCUAGGGCUCUACCAGCAUAUCAUUAGGAGUCCCGUCCAACCCCUCACGCCAUCCUCUACCCUCACUACCCAAAUCUAGCCGAACUUUGUUUUUUAAGCCUUCCUUCUAUAAGAAAGGAAGGGAGAAUAAAAACUAAAAAGGGUAAGUGGUUAAAUAUUUUAUCUCGGAAAACUUGGUUAUUAGGGUGGGGGUGGGUGGUACAGGUCCCUAAACUACCUCUCGCUGUAGCCAGGGUGAAUGGGAUUUCUGAAGCGGUACUGAGGUUCGGAAUGGGAGUAGAAAUGAGGCACCAUCAGCAGCCUCAUGUACCUUCUUCUGAGACUUCAUGUUCCAUUUCUCACAGGGUUGUGGAGACUGUGCUGAAGGCACACAGACUUCACUUGGCUCCAAAGCUUUAUGCUUUAAGGUUUGGGGUACUCCCACUGGGAGGGUAGGGUACCAUUCCAGAGGAAGAGCCACAACAAUGCCUUAAUUCGAGCCUGUGUCUACCCCUGCUGAUAAGUAAUUUGAUGGGUCUUGGUUUCGUCAGCCAGUUCUUCCCUCCCUUCUCUCCUUCCAUGAGUAGCAAACGUCACUGUGUCAGUUUAAUUAUUGAGAACACAAGGGAGAACACUUUAUGGGUCUGUUUUGUAUGUGACUAUCAAAGCUUUACAUAUGAGAGGGUGUAGGGAGCUGUCACUAACACCUUAGACGUCAGAACAAAAAAAUUCAUGGUUGAGAUUUGCCUUUCAGACCCUGGGGUUUGCCUCCAGGUGCCCUGGUCACCCCCAGAGUCCUGGGGUACUAGAGAUAAAGAAACCCUGGAGUGGAAAUGGAAAUGUGCUCGUUCCUGGGGCGGUUACUUUGGCCUCCAGUAAGACCCCAGUGCCUUUUGACAGUGGCCAGGGUUUCCUUCCUUCCCUCCAUUCUCUCCCAAAGGAAAUUCACUCCAAACACGUCUUUCCCCUGGAGUCCUAGGAGAAGGGGAUUCUGGUUCAUACUGUGGUCCUUUGUAACUUCAGGUCUGUGACAUGAUCACUUUCCAGUUUGAAAGAUGCAAGUGGAGAUAUUUUUACAACACUGGUAAUCUACAGAACCUGAAUUCAACACAGCUUUUCCUGUGUCUGUCAGUCGGUUAUCAUUCCUGUAAUAACACCCAUCCAAUUUUGUGAGGGGCGGGGUGGGAUACUGUGUGGUUGGGUUUUUUUGUUGUUUGUUUGUUUGUUUGUUUUUGUACAAAUGUGUUUCUCAGUGUGGGUUUUUUUUCUUUCUUUUGGUUGUUUUUAAUGAGGGGAGUUUUAAGAGUUUGGAAGAAAAUGAAUGAAAGUGGCUUAAUUUCCCUCUUUUUCAUUGAAUAAAUGAAAUAUCAUUUAUGAAUUCUAGUCCCA